AUGCCGAGGUUAAGAGAAAGUCGAUCCUGGGAACUAAAUACGUUCUAUUAUCAGUUGGAGGAAAACAUCUGCAAUGAGAAAGCAUAUCAUAAAUAUGUUGACAGAUACUUCAACGGGCUAGGAAAGGCCAACAAGAACGAACACAGGAUCGGAAAUUUUUUUUUAGGAGAAGGGAAUGAGAAUGAGAACCAUUCAACAGGACUACUGUCAGCAGCAUAUCUCCUCCGUGGGUUCUCGUUCUUCCAGAAAAAGGAAAGCCGCCGCUGGACAUGGGAGUCUCCCAACGGCAUGACUCAUGCGGAGAUCGACCAUAUCCUGACAAAUCAAAAAUGGUGUCUACUUGACACAUCGGUAGUCCCGUCAUUCCGUACUAGUUCCGAUCACCGCCUUUUUCGCGCGAAGAUUCGACUCAGCCGCAAACUGGAAAAGCACUCUCUUCAUCGACCACGAGGAAAAAGUCUAGUUGUAUACGACGAAAACACUCUAAACGAAGUCCUGUCCAAGUGUGACUGGCAGAUUAAUGAGGACUUGACCGAAGACUACGAGCUGCUUGUCGAAGGACUGAAAAGUUGUGCCGAGUUAGCUUCAGUUCCUCAAGCAAGAAGAUCGGAUCGCAUCUCCAUCACUACUAAGGGGUUGCUCGAAAAGGAAAGGAAACAAAAGCUUGAUCCUACUGCAGCACGUUUAAAAUGGCUAGUAAUAAAUGCCAGCUGCAGAAGAGCUCUGCAGGAAGAUCUGCAACGGUACAAGCAAAAGAAACUACUAGAAGCAACAGAGAAGAAAGCAGUCUGGAAAAAUGCCGUCGGGACUUGUGUGACUACAAUGUUCCACUGUCAGUCCUGA